AUGGACGUGCCCCACACAAAGAGAAUUGUCAUCUUGGGAAAAACUGGAGCUGGGAAAAGCAGCCUGGCUAACACCAUAUUUGGAGAGAAACUGUUCAUGAUCGGUGACACUGCCAUCUCUGAAACAAGAGAAUGUCAAGCAGAAACAAAAUCUGUCAACGGAAGAAGCAUCACUUUGGUCGACACUCCUGGUUUCUUUGACACAGACAGACCUGAGGAGGAGCUGAAGGCUGAUAUAGUGAGGUGUAUCACAGAGUGCUCUCCUGGGCCUCAUGCUGUUCUCAUUGUGCUUAAAGUGGAGAGAUACACAGAGCAAGAAGAGGCUGUCAUCAACAAAAUAAAAGAAUACUUUUCUGAACAACUCUUUUCUGAAGAAGUCUUUAAAUACACAACAGUUCUCUUUACUCAUGGUGACCAGCUCGAUGAAGGACAGACAAUUGAGCAGUAUUUCUGCAAUAAUAAGGCUGUGAGUGAUCUUGUUAAGAAGUGUGGAGGACGCUGUCAUGUCAUUGAUAAUAAAUACUGGAAUAAUGACCAGCAGGAUGAAUACAGAAGCAACAAGUUCCAGGUGGAGGAGCUCCUCAAGACAAUAGAUGAGAUAACUGAGGCAAACAGAGGAGGCUGCUACACCAAUGAGAUGCUACAAGCAGCAGAGGAAAUUAUCCAACAAGAGGAGGAGCGCAUUAGAAAGUCAUCACCAAACAUGUCAGAGGAAGAGAUCAGAGAGCAGGCUAAAGUCAGCACAUUCAAGAAGCUUAUGAUCAAACUAGCAGGUAUUGCAACAGGUGCAUUGUUAGGAGCUUUGCUUGGUGUGGGAGUUAGUGUUGGAGUAGUGAUACUAGCUUUAAAGAAGGUUUUUUGA